UUGGUGCAGUACAUAAAGAUCCCGGCGCCGACCCCUGAGUCUCCAGACGGAUUCCGAGUCUUCUCAUUCUACCUGUCCAGCGACAGCAAGGACAAGCCUCAGUCCAGCUUCGACUGCAUUCACCAGUAUGUCUCAGGGGAGGGCAGGGAUCACCUGGAGGGCCAGGGCAGCAUUCAGGACAAGAUCACAGUUUGUGCCACAGACGACUCCUAUCAGACAACACGGGAACGCAUGUCUCAGGUGGAGAAGGACAUUUGGAGCCGCACAGCCAUUGAGAUCAAGCCAGGGCCAAGUAAGUGUGUUAAGGUUCAGAGGAAGCAAGGUCUGGCAUCGGCCUCAGACGGCAGCAACAAGCACUCCCCCAGCAACAAGCGGAGCCUCCUCCCCAGCCUUGUGGUACACCGGCCAUUGAGGGAUCGAAUCAUUCAUCUCCUGGCCCUAAAGCCCUACAGGAAACCCGAGGUGCUGUUGUGGCUGGAGAGGGAGCGGGCCAGUCCAAAGGACAAGGCCGAUCUGACCUCAGUCCUGGAUGAGGUCGGCAAACUGAAUCCCAGAGACUUCAGUUAUUCUCUGAAGGAUGAGCUCUACAGACAUGUCCAGAGGGACUGGCCUGGAUAUCUGGAGGAGGAGAAGCAACUCAUCCAUAGGCUCCUGAUCAGGAAACUUCAGCCUCUCAACAGUAGCCAGUUGAAGAGUCCCCAAUCCAAUCAUUCAUUCCACAAAACUCCUGGGGACUCGCCCUCACGACUCAGUCCUGCCAAGAAUCUCUCAGUGAAACGUCCACUGGCCUUGGACCCAUCCAAUAUCCAAACUCCAAAAAAACAAAAGCUUUCAGACCAGUGUCUGCCCCUGCAGUCUCCCUCCAAUACAGACUCUGCCAGCAAUGGAGCUCACGGCUCCUCCAGUCAUGGAAGCUCUAGCGUACCGAUUAAAACCGAGAUCCACAAAACCAACAAUCGCCUUCAAGGGAGCCCCAAUCAUCUUUACUCGCCACGCAAAAUCAGUGUGCCAACUGCUGUUUCCCAACUGGAAAGGAAGGACCCCGCUCUGACCGCACGCAGCCCCAAACAGCCCCACAGUGACUCCUCCAUAUGCACGGAGCAGCAGGUCACUAACGGCCAGCACAAGAAGAAAAGGUCCAAAAAACAUAAAGAGAAGGAGCGAGAGCGCUUAAAACCGGAAUGGAUAGAGACAAGUCCAGACACGAAGCAAAAUCAAGAAAAUCUCAAAACCCACGAGGGAGAGAAAACACCUCUUAAUCGAACCUCAGUGGAGGAACUCCCCGACUAUUUAAUGAAAUACAACCCCAUAACGGCACUGGAGCAGCGACAGCAGUAUAAUGAUGACUUCUGCGCCGAAUACGAUGAAUACAGAGCUCUUCAUGACCGGAUUGGGGCUAUCACUGAGAUGUUUAAGUUUCCGGGGUAUCGGGACGAGAAGAAGCGAUGCGAGUAUCUCCACAAGAAACUUUCACAUAUCAAAGGCCUGAUAGCGGAAUACGACCGAGCUCAGGCUCUCUCUUAG